AAUGUAUCAUGUGUUAAAAAUUAGGGUUGGUGGCCCAUGGGCUACGUAGACCAUUAAUGGAGGCAGCCAAACUUGUCUGUGCUCAUAUAAUUUUUGUUGGCUGCAGGUGAGAUACCUUGCAAUAGAGAAUGUCACCAAUAACGCGUUUCUACCGGGCGAGAUAUUUAUGUUCGGUCCGUCACACAUUCACACGGACAUGGGUGGGGCCCUCCUGGGCGCUUCACGCUGGGGCCCCGCCCAAAAAAGGUGCUCCAAUGCCACAGCACCACAGCAGCUGCGCGUGGUGGUCAUGGUCGUGUUGGUCGCGGUGGUGGUGCUGCUCAUGACAAUGGUGAUGACCACCAUGGCCAGCAGCACAGCAGGGAAUAGAAUAAACAAGCAAAGUGGUAAUGGCACUGCUGCCAGUGCGCACACAAAAAUUCCGCACACAACACACCCUACUGCUGCCGACGGCGUGGUUGUCAAGCUACUACGCCUCACCUAUGCCAUCCUUGCAGCUAUUUGCGGCUGUCUGCGUCCCAAGUUCCGAAUUGUAGCUGCACAAGAUGUUCCGGGGUGGAACCACAGGGCUCAGGUUAUUGCUCACAGACUGCAGCUGGACCCUGCGUGGAUGCAGGAUGCCAACCUGGUCAUCCAAAAUGCGUUGCUGCUUCAGCUUCCCACCUGCUACCGCUAUAGUAAUGAGCAGCAGCAACGCAUUUUUAAUGACUAG